UCAGGGGCGCAGCGCCAGCUUGCACCGGACGGCCGGGCUAUGAGGGUCCCAGGCUGCGCGGUUCUCUGGGUGCUGCUGCUGGUGCACGUCUGUGUGCAGCAGGCACCUGCGUGCGCGACUGGACCCGCAGCUGCAGCCGCUGGGAGCCAGGGCGUCCCUCAUCUUCCCCCUCCCGCGGAGGGGCCAAGCGGCAUGGAGACCGACGAGUAUGACCUGGUGUCUGCCUUUGAGGUUGACAGCAGAGGAGACUAUGUGUCCCAUGACAUCUUGCAUCGCCAGCGGCGGCGAAGAGCGGUGGCCCAGCAGGGAGGCGACUCUCUGCACCUCCGGCUGAAGGGCUUCAGGCAUGACUUCCAAGUGGACUUGAAAGCUUCCAGCCACCUGGUGGCUCCUGGGUUCACGGUACAGACAUGGGGGAAGGGGGGCACCAAGGCCCUGCAGACCUUCCCACCUGAGGACUUCUGCUUCUACCAAGGCUUCCUGAGGUCCCACAGAAACUCCUCCGUGGCCCUGUCAACCUGCCAAGGUUUGGCCGGCAUGAUCAGGACCCAGGAGGCCGACUACUUCCUAACGCCGCUGCCUCCACACCUGGCAGGGAGGCUGACGGGCUCUGGGCAGGGCGGCCCUGCCUCCCACGUGCUGUACAAGAGAGCAGCGGAACCCCAGGCCCCCAGCGCACCCGCCGGGCUGCUGCUCACCAGGACCCGGGAGCCGGCCAGCUCAGGCCUGCGGGGCCACAGUGACAACCUCGGGCACCCGCACAGGCAGCACUUCUGCGGAAGACGCAGGAAAUAUGCGCCCCAGCCCCCCACGGAGGACCUCUUCGUCCUGCCCGAUGAGUACAAGUCUGGCCUGCGGCGCCGGCGCUCACUCCUCAAGUCCCACCGGAAUGAAGAACUGAACGUGGAGACCCUGGUGGUGGUGGACAGGAAGAUGAUGCAGAACCACGGGCAGGAGAACAUCACCACCUACGUGCUGACCAUCCUCAACAUGGUGUCUGCCUUAUUCAAGGAUGGAACGAUAGGAGGGAACAUCAACAUCGCAAUCGUAGGUCUCAUUCUUCUGGAAGAUGAGCAGCCAGGGCUGGUGAUAAGUCACCACGCAGACCACACCUUGAGUAGCUUCUGUCAGUGGCAGUCCGGACUGAUGGGGAAGGACGGAACUCGCCAUGACCACGCCAUCCUACUGACGGGCCUGGACAUAUGCUCCUGGAAGAACGAGCCCUGUGAUACUUUGGGAUUUGCACCCAUAAGUGGAAUGUGUAGUAAAUAUCGCAGCUGUACGAUUAAUGAAGACACAGGGCUUGGACUGGCCUUCACCAUCGCCCAUGAGUCUGGACACAACUUUGGCAUGGUCCAUGAUGGAGAAGGGAACGUGUGCAAAAAGUCGGAGGGCAACAUCAUGUCCCCCACGCUGGCAGGACGCAAUGGAGUCUUCUCCUGGUCACCCUGUAGCCGCCAGUACCUGCACAAGUUUUUAAGCACUACCCAAGCUGUAUGCCUUGCUGACCAGCCAAAGCCGAUAAAGGAAUACAAGUACCCCGAGAAGCUGCCAGGAGAGUUAUAUGAUGCCAACACACAGUGCAAGUGGCAAUUUGGAGAAAAAGCCAAGCUCUGCUUGCUGGAUUUUAAAAAGGACAUCUGUAAAGCCCUGUGGUGCCAUCGCAUUGGAAGGAAAUGUGAGACAAAGUUCAUGCCGGCAGCAGAGGGCACACUGUGCGGACAGGACAUGUGGUGCCGUGGAGGACAGUGUGUGAAGUAUGGUGAUGAAGGUCCCAAGCCCACCCACGGACAUUGGUCCGACUGGUCCCCCUGGUCCCCCUGCUCCAGGACCUGUGGGGGAGGAGUGUCUCACAGAGACCGCCUCUGCACCAACCCCAGACCAUCGCACGGAGGGAAGUUUUGCGCGGGCCCGACUCGCACCCUGAAGCUUUGCAACAGUCAGAAAUGCCCGAAGGACAGUGUGGACUUCCGCGCCGCCCAGUGUGCCGAGUACAACAGCAAACGGUUCCGGGGCUGGCACUACAAGUGGAAGCCAUACACUCAGGUGGCAGAUCAGGACUUAUGCAAACUCUACUGUAUCGCAGAAGGAUUUGAUUUCUUCUUUUCUUUGUCAAAUAAAGUGAAAGAUGGGACCCCAUGCUCGGAGGAUAGCCGUAAUGUUUGUGUAGAUGGGAUAUGUGAGAGAGUGGGCUGUGACAACAUCCUUGGAUCUGAUGCUGCCGAGGACUCCUGCGGGGUAUGCAAGGGAAAUAACUCGGACUGCACGACCCACAGAGGUGUCUACACCACGCAGCACCACACCAACCAGUAUUACCACGUGGUCACCGUUCCCCCAGGAGCCCGGAGCAUCCGCAUCUCUGAAAUGAACAUAUCUACCUCCUACAUUUCUGUGCGCAACGCCCUCCAGAGCUACUACCUGAAUGGACACUGGACCGUGGACUGGCCUGGACGAUACCAGUUUUCAGGCACUGCCUUCGACUAUAGGCGGUCCUACGAGGAGCCUGAGAGCCUGACCUCUGCGGGGCCAACCAACGAAACGCUGGUGGUGGAGCUCCUGUUCCAGGGAAGGAACCCGGGCAUCACCUGGGAAUACUCAGUGCCUCGGUCGGGGGCAGAGAAGAAGCCCAUUGUUCAGCCCAGCUACACGUGGGCCAUCGUGCGGUCUGAGUGCUCUGUCUCCUGCGGAGGGGGGCAGAUGUCCACAAAGGAAGGCUGCUACAGAGACCUGAGGUUUCAAGUAAACACAUCUUUCUGCAAUCCCAAGACCCGACCAGUCACGGGGCUGGUGUCCUGCAAAGUCACUGCCUGUCCUCCCAGCUGGUCCCUGGGGAACUGGAGCACCUGCAGCCGGACUUGCGGCGGGGGCACUCAGAGCCGGGCUGUGCGAUGCACACAGCGAGCAAACUACCACACGGAGACCGUCUCGGUCAGCCUGUGUCCACAGCCUGUGCCCUCCAGUCGGCGGGCCUGCAACUCUCAGAGCUGCCCACCCGCAUGGAGCACCGGGCCCUGGGAAGAGUGCUCCCGAUCCUGUGGGAAGGGGUGGAGGAAGAGGGCCGUGGCCUGCAAGAGCACCAACCCCUCAGCCAGAGCGCAGCUGCUGCCCGACGCCGUCUGUGCCGCGGAGCCCAAGCCCAGGACCCAGGAGCCCUGCCUGCUGAGGCGCUGCCACAAGCACAAGAAGCUGCAGUGGCUUGUGUCUGCCUGGUCCAAGUGCUCUGCCACGUGUGAGAGGGGGACACAGAAACGCUUCCUGAAGUGUGUCGAGAAGUACGUCUCGGGGAAGUACCGGGAGCUGGCCUCCAGGAAGUGCUUCUCUGUGCCGCAGCCCGCCCUGGCGCUGGAACGGCCCUGCGCGCUCUUCCCGUGCCCCCGGCACCCGCUGCAUGCUGCCGCAGGCCCCCCACGGGGCGGCUGGGUGGCCUCGCCCUGGUCCCAGUGCUCAGCCAGCUGUGGGGGCGGUGUGCAGAGGAGGUCUGUGCAGUGUGUGGCAGGGGGCCGGCCAGCCUCUGACUGCUCACGACGUCAGAAGCCUGAGGCCUUCCUGGCCUGCAACACUCACUUCUGCCCCAUCCCGGAGAAGAAAGACACCUUCUGCAAAGACUACUUCCACUGGUGCCCCCUGGUGCCUCAGCACAGGAUGUGCAGCCACAAAUUCUACGGCAAGCAGUGCUGCAAGACUUGCUCCAAGUCCAACCUGUGAGUCGGACUGACCCCCAAGCAGAGAAGACACCCAGCAGCAGAGGAGUUUCAGACAGACGAGCUGUGCAGUCCGCCGGGGGAUGCCUCCCAGGAAGCUUGAGCUGGAAGAGGAAACUCCGCGCUAGGCCCUUUGACCCAGAGAGCGUGUGUGGGUGCUGCAGGGUGAGGCAGAGGUGCACCUGUGUCCACGCCGUGUGUGGUCUCCUGUUGGGGUGACAUGGGGGGCCCUGGGGCCAUCCUCUGGCAUAGCGGCAGGAGGCCCACACUGUGAAGCAGAGCAGUGCUCACCCAUGUUUGCAUUCCAGCUAAAUCAAGUCCAGGACAGAGUGAACCUCCUAAUCACUAAAUGUUGGUGCUUUGUAAAACGAAGGCGAGGCCACGAAAUAAGGAAGGUUGGCAAAUACCUGCCACUAAGCACACCGGCCUCCCACCCCACCUAGAGGGCCCUCCACCCGGGGUCGGCCCACCUGUCUGGGUGGAGGGGCAGGUGCUGUGGCGCUCCCUGGCUCCGCCCAGGUUCCCUCACCUGCCCCAGUGGCCACAGGAGCCUGUGUCAUCCCUGAGGUGCUCCCAGGGGCCCAGGAGAUGAUCUGGGACUUUGCUUAUGGAACGGGCAGAAGGAAAGCCCGGCUCCAAGGCCUCCCCCUUCAGACGCAGGCGCUGGAGGAGAGACCUUCACACGCGCUCUUUCAUCUUCCUCAGUUACUUGCCGGUGAGGCUUCCUGUUCAAACCCGUUUCUUAGUGCUUUUCUGUUUUAAAUGAUGGGCUGGAAGUACAGGUGACAGCAAGACCUGACUCUCCCGGCAGCAGGGGUCCUGCCAUGAGAGACGUCAGUGGAGCAGCCGAUGUGACUGUACCUGAAGCCGGGGCUCUGCUUUUGUGUGUCGUGGGUUUUCAGAUCUAUCCUGAGUCUGGCUGCUUCUGUGGAACAGGGCGAGAACGAAGGCCGACUGCCCGGCGGUCUCCACCCUCUCCCUACACAAUGGUGCUUGUUGCUGGCUCCGCUCCUGUGGUGGGCUCCAUCCUGAAGGGGCAUCUGGAUAUUUAUAU